AUGCGUUCCUUCGCCAUCAUCCUCAUUGCCCUGGCGGCAUCGUCAACUUCGGCCUUCGAUAUCUGGCCUCGCUCAUCAUCCAAAUGCCCGUCCGUGUGGUCGGAUGUCGCCUCCGAACUUCAGUCUGACUUUGCUGGCUGUGGUGCUGAUGCUCACGGAGCCAUCCGCGCGCCCUUCCAUGACUGCAUCAACAACGGCUGUGAUGGUAGUCUAAUCCUCACGGACGAAUGCUCGAGAUCCGAAAACGCCGGCCUCUCUGCUAUUUGCAAGAAGUUAAAAGGCUGGAGCGAUAAGUACAACGUCGCUGCAGCCGACAUGAUCCAAUUUGCCGCAGCAACAGCAAUCUCUGCGUGUCCACUUGGCCCUAGGGUUCAAGCAUUGGUCGGCCGCAAGGACAGCUCCAAGGCCGCAGCCGUUGGGAGUGUACCGAGCAGCCGUGGUACCUUAAGCAGCAUCUUGGGAGCGUUCAGUGCGAAAGGUUUCUCGGCCGAUGAUGUUGUUGCACUCAUGGGCACACAUAGUGUAGCACUACAGUUCAACGACGACCCAUCACAAGCUGGCAAGAGUCUGGACUCGACACCUAGCACGUACGACAAUACCUUCUACAAGGAGACCAAGGAUGGCACGGCGCCAUACAGUCUGCAAAGCGAUGUUCUUCUCUCCAACUCGUCUCAGACAGCAAAGACAUGGUCUUCCUUCGCCGAUGACGCCGAUGCUUGGUCCAGCGCUUUCACAGGAGCGUGGAACCGGUUUGCUGUGAUUGGGAGCGAUGCGAGUAAGCUCCAAGAUUGCUCGAGCCUGAUUCCUAGUAGCAGUGCAAGCAAGAAGAGGCAGGCUUUCAAUGCAAGGUUCACGAAGAUGAUGAGUGCGAAGUUCAGGGUGUGA